AUGGGGACGUUCAACAGAUUACAUGGGCUGAGAGCACAAAGAUGUGAAAUAUAUUUCAGUAUCCCCAAAAGGACCAAUGUGACAGCUAUGGAGAGUGUGGUCCCAUUUGGUAUUUGUGACACAAAUGCUUCACCUGUGUGUAAAUGUGUGAGUGGGUUUCAGCCUAAGAAUUUGGAGGCUUGGAAUUUGGGAAAUGGGUUUGAUGGGUGUGUGAGAAAACGAGAACUGAAAUGCACGAAAGACAAGUUCUUGAGGUUGAGGAGUGAAAUUGCCUGA